AAUUUUGAACUGCAGAUGGCAAGAAAAAUGAAGAAAACCCAGAGGACACAGCAGAGAAGAACACUAUUAAGGGAGGGCAAGAAAUGUUUGCAAACAGUAAGCAACAUCACCUGUAUGUUAUGCAUCCUGUGACCCAGAAAAACAAAAAGGUACACCGAGUAGGUUCAACCACCUUCUUGGUUGGAAAGACACCCAAAGGAAUCCGCAGGAAACAAUUUGAGGAAAUGGUAUCCCACUUUAAUAUGGGAUCAGUAGAAGAACUGGCACAAUAUAUUGCAAAAGCUACAUCAGAAACAAGGCAAAUGAUGUUGAAGGAAUUCUAUGUUUCCAAACACCCAGAGAUGGAGUCUGUCUUCCCGGUUGAAACAACAGCACAAGCUUCACAUGACUAUGAGGAAAGAGAAUUGGGUACAACACGCUCCGGAAAAAGAAAAUCCAUUGUUAAAUUCAGAAGAUCUAAGUCUAGAUCAUCAUCAGCUAAAGGUCUGCUUCUGAGUGGAACUACAGAAACACAGAGCCAGCAGAGCUGUAAGGGAAAAGUAGAGCAACUUCAUAAUGACUCCUACGUGCAAGAUACGUGUGUUGAUGCAAAAUAUAAACAAUUACCUACUGUUGUUACUCAAUGUAUCAAAAGGAGAAACAGUCAGGCAUUCAAGGAUUUUAUGGCAUCUGGCUCAUUAAGCAGUAAAUCAGAAAUAAUUGAGGUGCUGUCUGUAAAAAGUUGUGAAGGACAGCAGGAAUCCAAAGGAACACAGCUGCAAAGAAAAAGAUCCCUGUCUCAGUCAGAAAAUGGGGAGAGAAACGCUCAGACUUGUAAGAAAAAGUUUUUUGUGGACUUACUUGGAGAUACCUCUGUUCUCAAUGAGCUCUUCAGAAAUCAUGGAGACGGGCUGACAGAAUCACCAAUGAGAUUUUCUUCAGGGCAGGUAGAAAAAUCAAAGGAGAGACCAAAAGACUUCUGGGACAUUCUGAAUGAGCAGAAUGAGGAGAGCCUCAGAAAGCUCACGGACAUAGCAGUCAUAGAGAAGCUAUGUGAAAGAGCACCUCAUCCCCCAGUGACAGAAGAGAGAGAAGUGUGUGAAAGUUCUCUUUGGAAAAAAAAUGAAAAUUUUCUGUGGAAAAAAUACAGUCCAGAUGAUUCAGAUGAACCAUCCGCUGCUACAUCUUGUAAUGUAGUAAAAUGAAAGUUUUCUAUGUGAGUUGCACUAUAAUUAUCUUAGUUAAACAUUAAAAUAUGCACAACUUCAGCAGUAUGCAGCAAAACAUGGUGCCUCCAUGAAGUUAAAGGCAAAGUGAUGAAUUCAUAUUUAUGAUAUGGGUUUACA